UGCACUUGGGAAAGCUUGUCUGUCCUAUGUACGAAACGAUGUCGGUGUCGGACCGUAUCUUAUCAGUCACACAUGACUCGUACCAGAUCGGCCAAUGAGGGGCAGCGCGGCGCGUGUGACUCCCAGAGGAACACAUUAUAAUUUCGAGAGCAACAACGCGCUUGCUGCACUGACACACCACACAUAGCCAAUUGCUGUCACCAUGGCGGACGCUACCUACUACAUCGACGAAGAUGUCGGCCAGGACAUCCCCGAGCAGACAGGUGAGGAGAGCCAGCCCUACAAGACGCUGGGGUAUGCCAUCUACCAGAAGGGCGAGGCUGCCAAGUUCAAGACAAGAAAGAGCGUGACCGGCGAGCUUGCGGAGGGUGCCGACCCCUCGUCACGCAUGGAGUGGAAAGAUGCGGCCAAGUCGGCGCUCAAGAAGGCGGUCAACUACGCAAAAAGUCUGAAGAAGAAGGCCGAGAAGGAAGGCGAGCAGCUGGCACUGCGCGCGAAGGAGCAGGCUGCCCGCAACGAGGUGCUCGAGGAAGCCAAGAAAGUCGUGCUCGAGGAGGACAAGAGCCUCCCUGCGCCCAUCCGUAUCAAGCUGGACGACACAGAUUCCAGCAAGAUCACGCUGGGCGACGGCAAGGACGUCAAGGGCACACGCGUUAGAGUCUUCGGUCGCGUGCACCGCGAGCGCAAGCAGAGCAAGGUCUUGUUUAUCACAUUAAGAGAUGGAUACGGCUACAUGCAGGUCGUCCUCACCGGCAAGCUGGCCGAGACCUUCGAUGCCCUCACCCUGACCCGCGAGACCUCCAUGGAGAUUUUCGGUGAGCUGAGGCAGGUCCCCGAGGGUGCCCACGCUCCCAACAACCGCGAGCUCCACGCAGACUUCUACAAGAUCCCGUCCAUCUGGAAGGCGGCCGGUGGCGACGACGCCAUUACCAACCGCGUUUCCAAAGACACCGAGCACGCGACACUGCUUGACCUCCGUCACCUCACACUUCGCGGAGAGACAGCGUCCAAGGUCAUGAUCGUCCGCGACGCCGUUGAGUACGCAUUCAACCAGGUCUACAAGGAGCUCCGCCUGCGCAAGGUCUCGCCUCCAGCGCUCGUGCAGACUCAGGUCGAGGGUGGUUCGACACUCUUUGAAUUCAACUACUACAACGAGAAGGCAUACCUGACGCAGUCGUCGCAACUCUACCUCGAGACCUGUCUCCCUUCCAUGGGUGAUGUGUACUGCAUCGAGAAGUCGUUCCGUGCUGAGAAGUCGCUUACCCGCCGCCACCUGGCAGAGUACACCCACAUCGAGGCCGAGCUCGACUACAUCAACUUCGACGACCUGCUCUCGCACUUGGAAGAGGUUAUGUGCCGUGUCCUCGACGUCACCAUGGCCGACCCAGUCAUCAAGCAGCACAUCAUGGACCUGCACCCGGAGUUCCAGAUGCCCCAGCGCCCCUUCAUGCGCAUGCAGUACUCGGACGCCAUCACGUGGCUCAACGAGCACGGUAUUGAGAACGAAGACGGCAAACCCCACGAGUUCGGCGACGAUAUCGCUGAGGCUGCCGAGCGCCGCAUGACAGAUAUCAUCAACAAGCCCAUCUUUCUGACACACUUCCCAGCCCAUAUCAAGGCCUUCUACAUGCUCAAGGAUGCCAACGACCCAAGAGUUACGGAGUCAGUCGACUGCUUGAUGCCCGGCGUCGGCGAGAUUGUUGGCGGAAGUAUGCGCAUGGACGACAACGAGGAGUUGAUGGCUGCCUUUGAAAGGGAGGGAAUCGACGCGUCGACGUACUACUGGUACACCGACCAGCGCAAGUACGGGUCCUCUCCCCACGGUGGCUACGGCCUGGGUCUCGAGCGCUUCCUGGCGUGGUUGUGCAAGCAGCAUACGGUGCGUGACUGCUGCCUGUAUCCGCGCUACUUCGGACGCUGCAAGCCGUGAGCAGUCGGUGAUUAUGCUACGCGUCGGGCCUGGCGUGUUCCGUGGCUUGGGCCGCAUCGCUGCCGCGCUUCUGCGAGUGUGCAACGGCAGGUGUCGGGAGACGCUACUGACUUUGAUUGUGCAUGGCAGCGUGUGGCGCGUCGUCGCACCAGGUACACCAAUGAAGAAGACAUGCCCAAUGAUCGUACCGCAAGUUGUAUUGUGUGUGAUGUCUUUGUUGGGUGAGACAGUUGGCUCGGUGGACUGUCGCGUCAUGUAUCGACAGCGUGUCCGAGAUACAGUAACGUGACGUGUCUUCUUGUGUCCCGUCAGCUUCGAUGCGCAGGGAGCACCUUGCUGAUUCGGUUCACUCGAGCGCUGGAGUCAUCAAUGCAUAGCCACAAAAACUUCAGA